AGGCGGUGUUUUGCAUCCGUGUACUGACAGUGGCAGUGCAAAGCAAAAGGAAGUCGGCUAUAAUCAAUGAUUUAUAGAAACCCGAGGGAGUAGUCCUUCUCAAAUGUGAAAAUUUACACGGAAUUUAGAUUUUGACGUUUAUAUUUGACUGAAUUUGGACAAAAUUAUAUUUCGAUUACAAUCACAUAAUGCUAUCAAUGGUAGUAUGAAAAGGCUUGGGUUGAAAGGACCACUCUCUCAGAGCUGUAGGGCCUUGUGGCCCCAGUAGAGAAUGUACGUUAGUGGGGACAGGUACUUCCAGAAUUCAGCACAGAGGAUGGGUACAUCCUUGCUGUUCCAGUUGUCAGUUCAUGAGCGUGAUCAGGACUUGGUGUUAUUGGACCACAGCUAUGCCAAGCCAUGGAAUGCCCACCCGGACGCCAGCAGUGCCCGGCCCACGCGCAUGCUGUUCGUCACACCCCGUCGCCAACCUGAUGCCACUCCGGAAUCAGAUCUGUCAAUAGAUGUGGAAUCUGUCACGCCUACACCUAUUCGACUCUAUGACAACCAGAAAGCACGCAGUGUUAUGAAGGAGUGUGAGCGACAUGUUUUAUUUGCUCGCACAGUUGCCGAUGGUCCCCCACCCCCUGAUGACUGGGACGAACGCAUCAACAAGGCUGGAUGGUCGGUCACUCAAAACAAAUUAUUUAAUAAGGUGCUGAAAGCUCUGCAAGCUGAAAGACUGGCCCGGCUUGCCAAUGAAAAUGCCUCCAAUGAGCCAGUAUUGCGCAGGAUUGCUGUGGACAAAUGUGCCCGGAAGGUGCGCCAUGCACUGGCCAGUGUCAACUGGGACACCAAACUGACCCAGUGGUUACACAGCACCCUGAUAGAGUCUCUCAGUCUGGCCAUGCUGGCUGCUUACCUGGACGUACUGCAGACACUCAAGAGCAAGUUGCCCUUGCUGAUUGACAGGAUGCUGCUGACGUCGUCAGUAAAGACUGGAGCGGCUGGUGCAGAAGCCCUCUCUCUGCUCCUGAAGAGGCCCUGGGAUCCAGCCGUGGGCGUUCUGUCUCACAACAAACCGAGCAAGCUUCCUGGCUCCCCACUCAUCUUAAUUGUACCAUCAGGUCCUACCAAUCCUGUUCUUUCUACCCCUCGCCGAUUUAGAUUUUGGCAGUCACAACUCUCCUGCUUGGGAAAGGUUAUCCCAGUAAAUACACAUGUAAACAGUGGAGCCAAUGUGGGCAUCACUCAGUGUCUGGAGCACAUGUUGGCCACAGUCAGGGCCAAAGUCAUGGAGAUCCACAGUCACUUCCCUCACAAACCCAUUAUCUUGGUUGGCUGGAAUGUGGGAGCUCUCAUCGCCUGUCACGUCUCCCUCAUGGAGUACCUGACCGCUGUGGUGUGUCUUGGCUUUCCUCUGCUAACAAUCAGUGGGUCAAGAGGGGAUGUGGACGACCCCUUACUGGACAUGAAGACCCCAGUGCUGUUUGUGGUUGGUCAGAACGCUCUGCAGUGUGGCACAGAGGCCAUGGAGGAGUUCAGAGAGAAACUUAGAGUCGACAACAGCAUGGUGGUGGUGGGGGGAGCUGAAGACAACCUCAGAAUCAACUCAACAAAGAUCAAAUCAGAGGGACUGACACAGACCAUGGUGGAUCGCUGCAUUCAGGAUGAGAUAGCAGACUUCCUGUCGGGAGUGCUGGAGCGGGCGGAGAGCAUAGGCUCCGGAGAGCUGAGGGACCUGGACACAGAGAAGAAGAAGCAGCCCUGGCGGGAGUUACCCUUUGACCUGGAGAGGGCCCGCCCCUCUUCACCUGCCCUCAGAGUACCCAUCUCCCCCUCAGGCUCCGAGGACCUGUCCAGUGUGUGCAGCAGUCUCACCUCCAGCCCCAAACCAAAGACCUCGGGACUGUCCCCGGCACAGAAGUCCAGCCUGAUCACCGCCACACAGCUCCUCAAGACCCAUAUGCAGCGGUCUGGGACGGUGCUCACACACAAGCAGGCACAAGCCCAGUUUGCUGCUUUUAUGAAACAAAACAUGCUUGUGAGGAAAACUCUUCCCCCUGGCGCUCCCUCCUGUGUCUUCGUGCCUGUAUCCAGUGAGCAGACUGAGAGCCUGGAGAGAGAUGAGUUGAUGGCCCAUCUGAAGAGGAGGCAGACGCCCAGCCCCACUCCCACCAAGGCCUCAAAGAGAGCUAAGAUCAAGGUGGCCAUCCUGCAUGGAGAGACAGCAGGGGGCGCUGUCAGCUCUGCAACACAGGAAGUGGGCCCCUCUGGGAAGCCCCUGAAUGUGACUGUGGGACAGACUGUGUCUGGAGCCAAGGAAGUCUCCCGACUCCUCACAGCCCAGCGGUCUGGUAGUCUGACAGGGGUGUCUAGUGCCCAGAGUCUGGGUUCCAGCUCUUUCCACAAUCUGCAGAGUUGCAUGGUGUCAGGGUCCUCCUCACAAGUCCAGGCGCAAGCUCCUGCUAAUGUCCAAGCACCUUCCGCCAGCAGCCUCCUCCACGGCCUAAGUUUCAGUCUACAGGAGAUAGUGACCAAAUCCCCUAGCCUGCCCAGCACAACAGCUAGCAUGGGCAGCAUUCAGGCCCUCGGUGGGAAGCCCCAGGGUCAGGUUCUUAACUCCAUAGGUACUGGCAGCAGCACUCUGCUCCGGGCAGUGCCUGUGGUCUCCACUGGAGGGCUGACUAUGACAACUGCCAUCCACCAGCUACUCAACAACGGUGGGCUGGCCAAGCCGGCGAGUGGCCUCCCCGGCCUGCCACACAUCUCCAUCCAGAGCGCCGGUACGUCUCGAACUACCAAACCAAGGCGGCCACGCUGAAUGCCCAGGUGAUGACCUAAUGAUGAUCGUGAUGACUGAAUCAUGCCAGAUGCCAAAUGUGAUGCCAUCAUCCUGAACGGGGCUAUGAUCUUACUAUUCAGAUAUGUAGAUAUGGGUUAGUCUAUGUACCCCCUGCCAUUACGUCUACUCCCACCCCAAUGCAGCAGAGGAACACUGCAUUACGUAAAGGAUUCAUACCCCAUGGUUUGAGAUGACUAGCUCUGUAGUGGACGAGUCUCCAUUCUGCUACAGGCAAUCUCCAUCAACCCAACUGCCAUAUGUUGAGGGCUUACAAUAUUGAAGGCAUUUUGUCACAUUUUGUAAUCCUCAGCAUCAUUGAAAAGGAUAGCCCUAACAGUUUUUUCUAUAUGCUGUGUUCUGUAACUUUGUUUGGCUCCAGUUGGGUCAAUUCAUUUAUAAUUUGACCUCCAUCUCAUGGAAGGAAUUCUAUAAAGCUUUUGACCUGGCAAGAUGUUUCAAAAAUAUAAUGUGUGGGACAUUGAUCGCAUUUAUUAAUAGGUGGACUACUCCUGUGUUGUAAAUGUGUAUUUACAGAUCACAAACAUUUUACUUUUAAAUGGAACAAGAGCGAGGUGAGAGGACAUGAUUGUUAUAACAGAGGUUCAGCAUCAUUUUGAGCUUUUCAUGUAAGUUUGAAUAGCUCAUCAUUGGCAAGUAGUGAAGCAUUGAACAAGCACAUCAUUAUCUUCAUACUUUAUUCUUCUGCACUGUGUCUUUAUUACACACAUGGGUAACAGUCAGACAAUAUAGAGGAGAGCGUAUGUUUUAGCUCUUAUAUAAGCCAGGCUUUGUCUGUGAUAAACGGGAUAAGUAUGCCAGUCAGGAAGACAGCCAGAGACUGCUGUUGGACUAACCUCCCCACAGUUCAUGGUAAUAUCUAUUCCUUCAGGCAAUCCAUGUUUCACUCCUACCAAAAUGCUACGUGAGUGAUCUAUAAUGUGGGCUGCAAGUGUUUGUCUCAAACACACUUUCUACAUUAAGCU